AUGGCUUUGCACCAAGUGAACCCCGCGCACUACGUUAUCAGCCACCUGCCUCCUAUUCUGUACACCGAACUCAGAGUCGGUAGUGGCCGUGUUAUCCCAACAGAGUUCACUCCUCCGAGUCCAGAUGAUACACCGCAGUCCUUGUUCCCACAUUGCCCCAAAGUCACAGCAACAGACCGAGUCCAUCGAUUCAUCCGCCUCAAUGAAGACAACCGCUCCGUCGAAGAUGAAUGCCUCAUCUAUACAGACGCCACGUGUCUGGAUAACGGCAAAACAAACGCCAGAGCGGGUUGUUCCUUCGUGUACAACGAUUCCACAUCUGGUUGGGCACGCUUUCCUCUGGAGUUCAAGGGACCCUCGGGUGAACAGUACACCAUGACAGUCCACCGCGCACAUAUCCGCGCCGUCAUCGCAGCUCUGCGAUAUAAAGACUGGGCUGCGGAGGGCUUCAGUCGUCUGGUCAUUGCAACUGACUCGGAUUACCUGGUAGAGGGUAUCACGGGCUUGAUAAGGGAAUGGCUACAGUGGGGUUGGAUAUCAAUCACCGGAGAACCAAUCAGAAAUCAGGACCUUUGGGAGUAUCUUCUCGGGGAGGUGGAAAUAUUGGAGGAGAAGGGGGUCAGUGUGCAGUUCUGGCGGAUUCCUAAGGAGUUGAAUGCGAAGGCGGACCGUCAUGCCCACCACGCUGCCUUUAUGGAAAGACAUCAACAGUUUACCGAUCUCGCUGGUUUCAACGACGUUGCUACCUAA